AUGAGAACCGUGAGGAGUAAUAAUAAUAGCCCCGAUUUUGCUAUUCUUGUUGAGGGUGUAUCUGCUUUGGUGAGUAAUGUUAUUGAUACGGGAUGUUACAGAGGUUUUAUGGUAAAGGAUGAGGUGUCGGUGGAGAUUAUCCAAUUUGCCGACGAUACGCUUUUAAUUGGAAGAGGUGGAUGGCAUAAUUUAUGGACUAUCAAAGAAAUUCUUCGGGGUUUUGAACUUGUUUCAGGAUUAUGCGUGAACUUCAACAAGACUCAUUUGAUUGGUUUAAAUGUUAGUUCUCAUUUCUUGUUUUUCCUUCUUAGGAAUUCAAAUUGGCUCGAUCCCGAAACUUGGUCAUAUUUGAUUGAUGAUUUUGAGAAAAAUUUUGGUUUGUGGAAAGGUAGAUACUUGUGGUUCGCAGGUGGAUCGGUUGAGAAAUCUAAAAUUCACUGGGUCAAGUGGGAUUCGGUUUGUAGACCUAAGGAGCAAAGAGACCUUGGUAUUAAAUGGAUUGAAGUCUUCAAUUUGGAACAUUUAUCUAAAUGGAAGUGGAGAAUUCUUUGA